AUGCAGGUCUCAUGUGUAUUAUGCGGUGAUUUGAGCCGUACUCCCCAUUUCCCAACCCCGCAAUCAGCGCCGUGUAACCCAGCCGCUCGCCAUAGCAAUAAGGGUAUGUACUGCCUCUUCACCUUCCCUACUUAUCACCGUCCUCUUGUUCCCCUCCACCCAUUCCCCCCCCCUCUUCUUCUAUUUCUCGAUUUCCACCCUCAUUCUUUCUCUUCUCUCCCGCCCUCCCCACCCCACGUUCUUCUUUCGCGCCCACCAACCUCGCUCCUGUAUCCGAACUUAGCUGGCUGCCGUUCCAGCCAGACCUGUCUCUGGUACGGCGGCUCCGUGCCUCUUGACUCGGCGGCCGCCGCGAAGCGCGUCAAGGGCGGCGGCGAGGUCGCCGCGCCGCUUCUUCCGCCGGAAUGCAUGGACCGCGCUCGCGCGAGCGGCAAAGACGAGCCAUCCGCCAUGGCUUACUGCUAUUUCCAGACCGCGUCGUGCGCUGACGUGUACUCUCCCAUGGAUCGCGGCGCCAGGGGCGACGGCAAGUCCGACGACUCCUCCGCGUUUCUAGCCGCGUUCAACGCCGCGUGCAGCGCGGCGAAGAAGGCGAACAAGCGCACCGUACUCCGAAUCCCCCGCGGAAAAACCCUCCUCCUUAACUACGUCACCAUGCAAGGCCCAUGCGGCCCGGGAGUGACCAUCAAACUGGACGGGAAAAUCGUCGCGCCAGAGAACCCGCCCUCCUCAAAAUCCUGGCCGGGCGAUUUCAGCGGCGCGGUGCUGCAAGCGAAGCAGGCGCACGGGCUAUGGAUAGUGGGCGACGGGGAGAUGGACGGGCGAGGCGACCGGCGCUGGUGGCCCAUGUAUCACGGGAAUGAGCUCCCAAGGGAGCUGAAGCGGCCCGUUCUGCUGGACAUAUUCGCUAGCUACAGCGUGACGCUCGCGGGUUUCAAAAACAGGAACCCCGCGGGCAUGCACAUGAACAUUUUCCGCAGCGGCUACGUGCGCGUGUCGAACGUGACAGUUGAGUCGCCUGCUGACAGCCCCAACACAGACGGCAUUCACAUCGGCUCGUCCAGCGACGUGGUUGUGGAGUUCAGCAACAUUCACACGGGCGACGACAACAUUUCCAUAGAAGAAGGGGCGCAUAGAGUCACCAUCGCCAACAUAUGGGGCACGGCUGGCCACGGCAUCAGCAUCGGUAGCCUUGGAGCACACGGCACAGUGGCAUGUGUUUCCGAUGUGACUGUACGCAACGUGGUUCUAACAGACACAGACAAUGGGCUGCGCAUCAAGACGUACCAGGGGGGCCGCGGCCUGGUGAAGAACAUUCAGUUUAAGAACGUGCUUAUGAAGAACAUCAAGCUUCCGAUAGUGAUUGAUCAGGUAAUUGAACGGCGCUUUCACCUUGACCAGGAGGUAGCACAUCUGACCCUGCCUGCAUAG